CCGACACAAUAACUGGACACUGCGCUACCACUUUUCAUUUUUACACAUGUUUUUUGAAUGCAGCAUCUGCGUUUUACGGCCAUGGCGGACAUCUCCUGUGAGGACAACAACAACAACAACAACAACAGCAGCAACCUGUUUUAUUAAGAGUUUGCAAUGUCGCUGAUCCAUCCUGUGCGGAGACUUUGUCUUUGCCGCGGACCUUUAUAAAUGCCUCUCACUGAGAAAAGGCUUCGGACGUUCAGUGUUGUGAAUGUGGACAAGCAACAAAUGACUUGAUUAAGAUGGGUAACAAGCAAACUAUAUUUACCGACGAGCAACUUGAUGCCUACCAGGACUGUACGUUUUUCACACGCAAAGAAAUUCUGCGGUUGCACGGCAGAUAUCAUGAGCUGGCUCCACAUCUUGUACCAAUGGACUACACCAACGAUCCUGAUUGUAAACUGCCUUUAGCCUUAAUAGUCAACAUGCCAGAGUUAAAGGAAAACCCAUUCCGCAACAGGAUCGUGGAGUCUUUCUCAGAGGAUGGGAUGGGGAAUCUCAGCUUCAAUGAAUUUGUGGACAUGUUCUCAGUGCUCAGUGAAAUGGCUCCUAGAGAACUCAAGGCCAUAUAUGCCUUCAAAAUAUAUGAUUUCAAUGUGGAUAAUUACCUGUGCAAAGAGGACCUUGAAAAGACUCUAAAUAAGCUGACGAAGGAGGAGUUGACUCCUGAAGAGGUGCAGCUGGUGUGUGAGAAAGCCAUCGAGGAGGCGGAUUUAGACGGGGACAACAAACUCUCCUUUGCUGACUUUGAAAAUAUGAUUUCCAGGGCUCCUGACUUUUUAAGUACCUUCCAUAUACGAAUCUGAGAGGGCUACAUGGAGGGUUUCCACGGACGGCAGCAUGGUGAACCUCAGUACUCUACCUGCACCCUGUCUUGGCCGCAGCACAGUGCCUCCCAUCAUCCAAAAAAAGGAAACAUACAUAAAUACGUCUGCGUAGUAAGAAGCAAACUACUGAAUACAGCUUGCUUUGAGCUCUCCAAGGACCCAGAAUUUCUUACUGUAGAUGAAAAUGUGUUUUCCUUUCACCACCUUUAAAGGGCUUGACCUGGAUUGGUCUCUUGUUGGGGGAAAACAUGACUUUGGACUGAUGCAUAAAAUGCUUAUCUACCUAUAUUGCACAUGAGAUACAAACAAGUCUUCCUACAAUGACGGACUGGAUAUUUAGUAUUUAUAAAGCUAAGGACGAAGCUUGAAGUGAAUGAAAGCACAGCACUGGCAUUAAGGGCAUACAGAUAUUUUAUAUGAGCUAUGCAAUAUUUGUACACACAGUGUAUUGCUUUUAAUCAUUUUAGGUUGUGUUUUUUUUUUGUUUUUUUUUUUGCUUGUGGCACUGAUGAUGACAAUCAUAUCUUACUGUUCUCCAGUUUCAUGAAGGGCUCUGUCAUCUGAACAAAUGUUGGUAGCUUUCCUCUGCCUCAGCCAUUACCAUGAGAUAUUAAAU